AUGCCGGAGGCUAUCCUCAAGCUCUUGCAGCACACGAUGCGGCUGAUGACUGGAAAAGGUCUCGACUUCUAUGUGCCAGCCUGGGCACGCCCCACACGGGAUGGAUUUAAGGGGGAUGCCAUGCUGCAAGCUGAAGUGCCACCAGUUGAUGACCCAAACUGGGGAGUACUUCGGGUGGUUUGCGAUGAAGAGGGCUGUCAAAACAAGGCCCUUCACUUUCUUGCGUCAUACGUUGGGUUGCGAAUGGCAGUGACCCCUGAGGCAUGUCACCCGAAAUGGAAUAGUUUUAAACGGGCAGCAGAACAUUCAUCCAUGGAAUUCGACCUCAUGCGUCUGACCAUAGCUGCCAACUAUGGGCAUGGAACCCGGCUGACCGGAGAGAGAGCUUCCAAUCGAAAAAUGAUGCUAGAACGUUUUUUGCAACAGCAAUCUGAUGAGUAUUUCAAGGACAUGAGUGCUGAGAUUUGUCUAGACCGUGGAAUGGAGGUAGAUGGUCUGAGUACUGACGCAUGCCGGUUCAUGAUCACAGACUUUCUGGAAGCCCCUUCCAUCAGAAGAAGGGGAGACUAUGUUCGCAACAAGUCUUGGUUCGGAGUGUUGAACGUCCUCACAUUAUUGGUACGUGAUUGGACAGUGCUCCGAGAAGCAUCCUCUGCAAUCCUUUUCGAAUCCAAUGGGGAUCUGUCUGACACCGAUGAUGUCCCUCACGACGAUGAUGAUCCUGAUGAUCCUGCUGUCAUAGCAGAAGAGGACCAUGACCAUGGGGGUGAUGAUUUGGUACUCAAACCCAAACCGAUGAAAAAAACAGAGUUCUAUCGAGCGUACCAGUCGAAAGGUACGCAUCGCAUGUACUGCGAUAUAAUGCACGAUCCCACACUGAGGGCUUCUGCAGAGAUUCUCACCCGGGUGACAAAACCACUCCACAAUCAGUACCAAGAUGAUUUGACUGCACAACAACAGGGCCUGGAGAAGAUUCUGGAUUGGCAAGUCAGGCGAUGCCUUGGCUCAUCAUUUGCAGUGGUUCAGAAAAUCAUGGCGGUUGUGGCAUCCCCCAAGUUGUGUAAAGCAAUGCGAUUGUCACCACGCUGUGACCCUCCACUACCUUUCAACACCACCGUACUGGAGGAAGAUUUCAUGCUUAUCAACAAGGCGUUUCUCUUUGGCGUGCAUUUGGCAGGCAACUACGGAUGGUCGGAGAUGCUUCACAGACUGACUUUGCCGUUAGCUGCAAACACAUUGCUAGCCACUGACCGUUCUGACAGAAAGCGUGGUAUGUCCAACCUCAAAAAGAUGGUUGAAGCUAUCAUCAAGGCCGAGAACAUGGUGAUGGCAGCAGGGGCCGGAGUCUUCUUUGUUCGUGGUCAAAUAUUCUGGGAUAGCACGAGCGAUGCGUACUUCCUGAGCUUGGGAUUCCAUGGCUGGUUGGCGUUGGGUGUGGAGAUGAGCAAAGCGACCAUUGGAGGGAAGGAUUAUUUAUACUUGGAUUCGGCACGUGCCAAUCAUGCGUUUGGCACAGAUCUUCUUUUCAACUACUCAUUCCAUGAGAACUCCAAGUGGAGGUUUGUUGAGCACACACUUCUCCCACCAGCUUGCAUGCCAGCUGCACUUCACUUCCUCAGCAGUGCUGCUGUGGUGCACAAGCACGACCAGUGGAUUUUGAAGGGCUCCAUCAAGAGCGGACUCUUUCUGAACCUGCCACGGCUGAGGUACCACCCAGUGAAGAAGUUCUGGCGUGCUGACUAUCCGAUAGGCGACGUCCUUGAGCCAGAGAGUUGCCAACGCCAGUGGAGCACGUCACGGUGCCCAACCCCAUUCGAUGCUUUGAAGACGGUGAUUGAAUGGGUUUACAGGCCGACAGACCAGCAGUUACGAGAUCACAUUGCGACCCUGGACAUCCUUUGA